ACGCAUCCUUUAAGUCACCCGAAGUCCAUGGGACUUUCAUCAUCAGGGCUUUUAUUUUGAAACACAUGCAGCGCGUAUCCUAGCGCGAUUCUUCCUGAUGCGCGUGAUGGUUUGAGAUUGAGAUGCGCCGACUAGCUUGACAGUCUGUUGUUUCGCUAACUUACUUGAGAGAACGUAGUUUUGCUGUGUUUGUGUACUCAUGAGAGAAAGUAAUGUGGCGCUUGUGAUGCUAAUGUUAGCUUAGGUCAGUCCCGCGGUUAUGUCUUCUCCUCACAGUAACACUGCUGGAGGCAUUCAAGGGCUUCUCCUGAAACUUCACGAAUCGCUUUCAGACGAAGACACCCGAGCCGCAGCUUUGAAAUGUCACGAUAUUGUUGGUGACUUGGGCCAGGAGUGCAUGCUAACACCAACCGAGAAUGAACUUGUUUUACAGACAUCCUUAUUGUUCUCAAAAGACUAUGGACUGCUCAGCUUCCUCAGAAAGUCCCAGGCAUCAGACGAGCUCCGGGACACCCGAGUUGAGAUCUUGGGUUUUUUGGAGAAGUUCUUGGACAGGGUCUCGCCAAGAGUCAAAGGUUGGGAGAAGACUUACGCCAUUGACAUAAAAGACACAUGCAUGGCUGUGUAUACAAAGGAAAAAGUAGCCAAAUGUAGGACUCCAGUGCUGGAGCUCCUUAUUAAGGUUCUUCAAACAACAAAGGCUUCCAGUGUGGCUGCAGACCUGCGAAUCUGUGAAAUAUUCAACAGAUAUUACAGCGAGCUUUGUCAGAAGAGCAAACUACCAGAUUCUGUCCUCGGCAAAAUAUAUGAGUUGCUGGGAGUUCUUGCAGAGGUUCACCCCAGCGAGAUGGUCAACAACUCUGACAAACUCUACAAAGCCUAUCUAGGGGAGCUAAAAGAACAGAUGACCUCGUCAACAAAGGAACCAAAACUUUUUGUUGUAGCUGGAUGUUUGAGAGGAAUCACUGCUCUAAUGGUCAACUUCACUAAAACCAUGGACGAAGACCCAGCAACUUCUAAGGACAUCUUUCAGUAUGCCCUGAAGGCAAUCAGUCCCCAGAUGGAAAUGAAUCGCUAUGCUGUCACCUUCGCUGGUCUUAGAUUAAUUGCCAGACAUGCAUCCCAGUUCAGCAGCUGCCUUAUGGACCACUACAGAGCUUUGUUUGAGGUUAUGUCUAAGCUCUGUGGACACAUCAACGGUGAGAUGAAGAAGACGAGUUACUAUGCACUUGAGGCCUUCCUCAAACAGGUUGCAAUGCUGGUGGCUGAGAAUAUUGAGGAGCACAAAACCAAGUUGAAGUUCUUCAUGCAGAAGUUCUGCGGCAUCAUUAAGACCAUGGACUCGACACAUAAGGAGCUGUCCAUUGCCAUACGAGGAUAUGGAUUCUUCGCAGCCCCAUGCAAGAAAGUUUGCCCACAAGACGUGGACCUGAUGUACACAGAGCUGAUUCAGCGCUGUAAGCAGAUGUACCUGACCGAGUCUGAUGGGGAGGACGACAGCUUCUACCAGCUGCCCAGCUUCCUGGACUCUAUAGCUAGUGUCCUGAUUCACCUGGACAAGAUUCCAGAGGUAUAUACACCACUACUGGAGCGUCUCCUUGUGGUGCAGAUUGACCAUUUCCCUCAGUACAGCGAGAGAAUGCAGACAGCUUGUUGCAGGUCCAUCCUUAAGGUGCUGGUGGCCAUGGCCUCUAAAGGACCUGUUCUAUGGAGUUUUAUUAGCUCUGUGGUGCACCAGGGCUUAAUUCGUGUCUGUUCAAAACCCAUCAUACUUUCUGAGGACAAAGACAGUGGUCCCUCGGAGUCUUCCCAAGUUCGUGUUGGAAAAUGGAAAGUUCCGUCUAGUCAGAACUAUCUUGCCCUGUAUAAAGGACUUCUAGACUGUGACCAGCUGAAGGAUUCAGGAUUUUUGGAUGGAGCUUUUGAAAGUCAGAACGCUGCUCUCAUAUCUUUGAGCCGUCUUCUUUACGACGAGUUGGUGAAAUCGAUUCUCCGAAUUGUGGAAAAAUUGGACUUGUCUGUGCAGAAAGUGACAACCGGAGAGGAGACACCUUCCCCUGUUGUUUUUACGGCUCCGGAUGAUGCAGCCCACGUCCUGCCCUCCUCCGACCCCACAGCUCAUCUGUUGCCCAACAAGAUCAAAGAUUUCACUGCCUUUAUCAACCUGGUUGACUUUUGCAGUGAGUUGUUGCUGAAUAAACAUGUGGAGUAUUUUCAGUCCUGGAUGUAUCCCUUAAGCCAUGAACUUAUCCUCCACUCCAUACGAAAUCCACUUGUCAGUGGCUUCUACAAGCUGCUAUCUGUCACCAUGAGAAUUGCCAAGAGAAUCAAGUACUACCAGGGAGUUGGCCUGAGAAGCUCUACAUCCCCCCAGAGUGACACAGUGAAAAGUGCUUGUUUUGCACUCUUCUCUAAGUUUGGAAAAGAGGUGUGUGUGAGAAUGAAGCAGUACAAAGAUGAGCUGCUGGCAUCCUGCUUGACCUUUGUCCUCUCGCUGCACCACAACAUCGUAGCUCUGGACAUCAAGGCCUACUGUCCUGCUCUUGAGGCGGCUCUGAAGUUGGGUCUGAGCCAUGUUCCUUUGGCCAACGUAGCCCUAGAUGCUCUUGAAGACUGGUCCUCCUAUAUUCCUUCAGAGACUAUGCAGCCCUGCUACACCAACAUCCUUCCUCUUCUGGAUGGAUACCUGAAAACCUCCUCCACCAACAACAAAGACGACAGCAACUGGGAGGUGAUGUCUUCUUUGUCUUCAAGAAGUGACAGGGGAUACAGCCGAGUGAUGACGAGGCUCUUGAAACAAUCUAAGCAGCUCGCCAUGGAAGAUGCUCCUCUUGUCGUGGUGAGGCUCAGGGUGGUGAAGUUGCUCGGUCACCUGGGAGGAAAGCUGAACAGGAACCUUGUAACUGCGGUCUCAUCAGAGGAAAUGAUGAAGAAAUUUGUCACCUGGGAUUCCGAGAAAAGGCUCAGCUUUGCAGUGCCAUUCGCCGAUAUGAAGCCAGUCAUCUACCUCGACCCAUUUCUGCCUCGCAUCAGUGAACUGGCUCUGUCCACAAGUGACAGACAGACCAAAGUUGCAGCUUGUGAGCUGCUCCACAGCUUGGUGGUCUACAUGGUUGGGAAGAGUGCUCAGAUGGUUGAAGGAGAGAAUAGUUUGCCGCCUAUGUACAAGCUGCACAAGAGGCUGUUUCCUGUGCUACUGCGUCUGGCCUGUGAUGUGGAUCAGGUGACCAGACAGCUCUUUGAACCGCUGGUUAUGCAGCUGAUUCAUUGGUUCACAAACAACAAGAAGUUUGAGAGCCAAGAUACAGUAGCUGUUCUAGAGGCCAUUAUGGAUGGUGUGGUUGACCCAAUGGAUAGCACUCUCAGAGACUUCUGUGGCCGCUGCAUUGAAGAGUUUGUCAAAUGGUCAAUCAAACAAACCACACCCAAGCAGCAAGAGAAGAGCCCUACUAACAUGAAGUCCUUGUUUAAGCGCAUCUACAGCUUGGCUCUCCAUCCCAAUGGGUUCAAAAGACUUGGUGCGGCCUUAGCAUUCAAUAGUAUCUACAGACAAUUCAGGGAGGAAAAAUCCUUGGUGGAGCAGUUUGUCUUUGAAGUUCUCGUCAUAUUUGUAGAAAGUCUGGCCCUUGCACACUCAGAUGAGAGAUCUAUGGGUACACUGCAGCAGUGUUGCAGUGCCAUUGAUCAUCUGAAAAGAAUCAUCAAACAAAAGGCCCCCACUCUCCAUGAGCACAAUGCUAAGAGACGUGUCCCAAGGGGCUUUUCACCCGAUGGAAAGCUGUGCCUCUCUGAUGUGGUUUUAUGGCUUCUGGAACAAUGUGGCCGACCUCAGACUGAGUGUCGCCACAAAUGCAUGGAACUGUUCUAUGAGUUCAUACCUCUCCUCCCAGAAAAGACGUCUCCACCGCAGUGGUUGGCUGGCAUGCUAAAGGAUCGUGGCAUUGGUUUCUUGAUCUCACGAUUUGAGGGUGGAGGUCUCCUCUCCCAGCCCACUCUCAGGGAUCUGACGGGUCCUUUCAGUGUCAGAGCCACCCUGCAGUGGAUGGACCUACUGCUGGCUGCCCUGGACUGCUACAACACCUUCAUCAGCUUACACAUAAUCAAGCCUCAUCACAUGCUUAGCUCCAAAGAGAAGUCAAGCUUUUUGAAAGCUUUAAGUUUCUUUUUGACUGAGCUGGCAACUCAGGAACUGGUAGCAGCGGAGAGCUGUUUCCCUCUCGGCGAGAAGACCUCUCACUUCAGCCCGAGAGAGGUGGACCAGUACAACUUCAGCAAGUGCACCAUCAUUGUCCGGCUGCUGGAGUUUGCCACCAUGAUUCUUGUCAAAGGAGACAAGGAGUUUUGGAAGCUUCUGGAACAAGACAUCUUUGUCUCAGCUUUUUUUGAGCUGACUGCGCUGGUGGUGUGUGAGCCAUCCACUGUAGGUUUCAACAUGGCAGAUGUGGAGGUAAUGAAGAACCUCCCUGAAGUGUGUGUUCCUUUACUAAAGGCCCUGCUGGCCUCACCUUACCGCACUCGUAUUGAAAGCAGUUUGCGGACAAAAAUCCCACGUAAAAGUGUAGAGGAUUUGUGUGCCAUAGACCUCUACCAUUCCAGCACUCGCCAUGACCAGAUGGAAAUGGUUCUGUCUUCCUGUAAGCAGAUCCAUAAAGCCGACUUCCUCAGCUCCAUUCUGCACAGCCAGGAUGCCACCUACGCCAAAUCCCUUGGGUCCCGUCUUCUAAUGACCGUGUAUAAAGGCAUAGCACCCGGUGAGGACAGGAAGGCACUUCCAUCCUUGGACAUAAAUACCAAGAGGCUAGCAGACGGCCUGCUUCAGCUUGCUUUUUCUCUCAGUUAUCAGAGUGAGCAGCUGGUGGACUUGUUGUUGAACACCAUUAUGCUCUCUGUGCCGAUAUCUGGAAGUCAUAGCCACAACUUCAUGAGCUUCUCGCACGGCGAGUACUUCUACAGCCUCUUCCAGAUGACCAUCAACACCGAGCUGCUGAGAAGUCUGGACACCACAGUACCUCGCCUCAUGAAGGCUUCAUCUCAAAAUCCCAGCAUGGUGAGUGUGUUGCUGAAUGGCAUGCUGGACCACAGCUUUAGAGAGCGCUCUGUGAGGAAGACUCAGGGCCAACAGCUGGUUGAAGAGGUGCUAAGAAGAUGGAAUACUCUGCAGUCGUGGUGGGAAGGACACUCUUCAACUCCAGAGAGCAAAACUGCCACUCUUCUGCUGCUCUCCAAGCUCCUACAGAUUGACUCCUCUGUCUGCUCCAAUGUCAAACAUGAAGCCUUCAGACCGGUGUUUUCCACUUUCACUAUGCUGCUGGUUGACAUGAAUCUGCCACUGAAUCUCAAGAGUCAGGCCCUGUUGGUGUUGCCCUUCUUCACAACCCUCUCAGAGGAGCCACUGGCUGAGCUGCAGAGAGCCCUUGACACCCUGGUGGCCUCCCACUUCCCAAUGCAGUCAGAUGAGUUUGCUAAGGGCUCACUUCACCGCAACAACUACAUGGACUGUAUCCGAAAGUUGCUGGAUGCCCUAGAGCUUUCUCAGAGCCCACUCCUGCUCAGACUGAUGGCAGGGAUUCUGUGUCGAGAUAGAAAACACAUCAUGGAGGAGCACUUCCAAACCUGUUUCCAAAGAAUUGCUAAGCGGUCAAGCAGUGCAGUACAGCUACUGUGUACAGUACAUGGGGCGAUCCAGCAGGGUGAUGUGCCGAUGAGCUCCAUGCUGCAGGCCAUGAUGGACAGGGUUCUGCUGCCUCUUGCCUCUCACUGUAGCACCAAGGCCCUGAAUGACUUCUUUGUGGCAAAUAUCUCCGACAUAACUGCUUUGCUGCUCAGCCGCUUCACAAAGUCAAAUGAAACGGAAUUUGAGAUCCAGCUGCUGAAGAAGAACGGCUGCUACAAGCUGAUGGAGCUCCUGUAUUCUCGGCUUCCCAAAGAAGAGGUUUACUCCAAGGAAUCCCGCAUUAAUCAAGCCUACUGUCGUUUAGACAAAACAGAGGGGAAUGAGUUGUCCAAGACCUUGAUCAAGUCAUGUUUUGAAGCAUUCACUGAGAACAUGGCUGGUGAGACUCAGCUCCUUGAACUUAGGAGACACUAUCACUGUGCUGCAUACAACUGUGCCAUCGCCGUCAUCAGCUGCAGCUUCAAUGAGCCCAAAUUCUACCAUGGCUUCCUCUUCAGUGAGAAACCAGAGAAGAAUCAGUUCAUUCUGGAAAAUAUCAUUGAUGUUAAAAGGACCUACAACUUUCCAAUUGAAAUUGAGGUUCCACUUGAGAGAAAGAAGAAAUAUGUCAUGAUUCGAAAAGAAGUGAGCGAGGAGAAUGGAGAAGCGCCAGUGUAUCUGUCUUCCCAGUCUUACAUGGCCGACAGCAGCCUGAGUGAGGAGAUGAGUCAGUUUGAUUUCUCCACCGGAGUCCAAAGCUUUUCCUUCAGCUCCCAAAACCCUGAAGGACACAGACGCACCAUUGCAAAAAGAGAGACAGAGGAGACAAAUCCCUCCCAGGAUGCAAUGGUGGAUCUAGAAAUGGAUGAGCUAAAUCAGCAUGAAUGCAUGACAGCCAUGACUGCUCUUAUUGGACACAUGCAAAGGAACAACAUAACCCCCAAAAUCGAACAGGGAAACAUGCCUGCUGAACUUCCUCCAUGGAUGAAAUUUCUACAUGCAAAACUAGCAAAUCCAGCAACACCACUGAAUGUUAGACUCUUCAUCUCAAAGCUGAUCAUAAACACAGAGGAGGUUUUCCGACCAUACGCCAAGCACUGGCUGGGGCCGCUCCUGCAGGUCGUUGUCUCUGGAAACAACGGAGGAGAGGGGAUCCAUUUUAUGGUGGUGGAUAUUGUGGUCACAGUGCUCUCCUGGACAAGCCUGGCCAGCCCCAAGGGUAACCCCAGAGAUGAAGUGCUCGCUAACCGGCUGUUAGAGUUCCUGAUGAAGCACAGCUUCCACUCCAAGAGGGCAGUUUUCCGCCACAACCUGGAGAUCAUUCGCACUCUGGUAGAGUGCUGGAAAGACUGUCUGCAUGUGCCUUACAGUCUGAUAUAUGAGCGCUUUUGUGGCACCAACCCAAAUAGCAAAGACAACUCUGUUGGACUUCAGCUGCUGGGAAUCAUCCUGGCCAACAACCUCCCUGCUUACGAUGCCUCAUGUGGAAUUGAAUAUGAGAGGUACAUCCAGUCCCUCACCAACAACGUGUCCUUUGUAAGGUAUAAAGACGUCUACGCAGCUGCUGCUGAAAUUAUCGGCCUCAUCCUGAAGAAUAUGACAGAAAUGGACAAUCAUCAUCAACUUCUCAGUCAUGCUGCAAGUAAGAUAUUAAAUCUGAAGAAAAAUGACAUGGAUGACAAGUUCAUAAUUUGCUUGAACAAAGUGUCAAAGCACUUUCCUCCAUUCAUGGAUCGCUUUGUCAACUACGUGUUCUUCCUCCUGCCAAAGUUGCACGGCAUGUUAAAGACUCAUUGUUUGGAGUGUGUGCUGAGCCGAGCUGAUGUCAUCCCAGACAUCUUUCUGCAGUUGAAGACCACAGGCUUCAUUCAGAUGAUGGGCCAUAGGGAUGAAGCAAGGCAGAGAGUUUGUCUGGAUAUCAUCCACAAGAUUAUUGCCGACCUGACACCGGUUCAGCUUCAGGAGCUCCUGGGAACUGUGACAGCUUUUGUCUCCCAUCCUUCACCAGUGUGCAGAGAGAGGAUGUAUGACAUCCUCAUGUGGAUCCAGGACAACUACAGUGAUGCAGAGAGCAUGGAAGACAACACCUCAGUAGAGGUUUUGAAUGCAGCUAAAGAAACACUACUUCAGGGACUGUCUGAAGAAAACCAAGGCCUUCAGCUUUAUGUUCGGAACUUCUGGAGUCAGGAGAAGCGCCUCCCCACUGCGACCCUAGAGCGAAUGUUGACGGUGCUUCGUUCUCUGUACUCCUGUCAAAUAGAAAGGUGUUUCUUAAGCUUGGCUACCAAUCUGCUGCUGGAAAUGACCAGCCAGAGUCCUGACUUCAAACGAAAUAUGUUUGAGUAUCCACUGUCAGAGUGUACCUUUCAGGACUAUGUGAUUGAUUCCAACUGGCGCGUCAGGAGCACAGUGAUGACUCCCAUGUUUGUUGAAACCCAAACCUCUCAAGGCCCAGAAAGUCCGGCCGCAUCCCAGUCUGGAGCCAUGAAGGGGAAGCUCCGAGCCACUCAGACUUCAUUAGAAUUCUCCCAAACCCAAACAGCAGGUCGACGUACAGCAUAUAACUGGCUGACGGGCAGCAGUGUGGAUACACUAGCAGAGUACACACUCGGCUCUGAGUCUCUGUCUUCAUUGUUGGUGUUUGAUAAGAAAGCAGAGAGGCAAACUACAGCAAGGAGACCAGUAGGAGAAGGCUUUGGCCUAAGGCGCCUUACUGCAUCAACCGAUGAGGUGGACAGUCGCACUAAAGCAGAAAACGAGCAACGGAAUAACAUCCUAAGAUUGAGACGCAGAUUUCUCAAGGAUCAGGAGAAAGUCAGCUUGAAUUAUGCACAAAGAGAGAUCCGACAACAAAAACAGAAAAAGGAAGACAAAGCUGAUCAAAGGCUGCGAAAAGAGGCUCAGGUGACUCUCUAUCGUAACUACAGAGUGGGAGACUUUCCAGACAUCCAGAUCUCAUACAGUAGCCUCAUCACCCCACUUCAAGCACUAGCACAGAGAGAUCCAAUUUUAGCCAAACAGCUGUUCAGCUCCCUGUUUGCUGGUAUCCUCCAAGAAAUGGAACCACACAAACCAAGAGGGGAGAGCGGGAGGAUUAAAGAGGAGCUGCGGUGCAACAUGAAUACAUUCCUGAGCAAGAGUACCAUCUGCUUCCCUCCAUUUAUAGCAUGUGUGCAGGACAUGUGCUACCAGAAUAAGGAGCUGCAGCAGCUCAACCCAGCAGCCAUCAGCUCCACUUGCCUGGUGAGUCUCCAGCAGCCAUCGGGCAUCCUGCUGCUGGAAGAGGGCUUGUUGCAUGCUGGUGGCCAAGAUGAGCCUCCUGCCAAACGGUCACGAGGACGCAAAGAAAUCCCCCCAGACACCAAUAAAUGGAUCCACCUCGCAAGGCUUUACAGAUCUUUGGAGGAUUUUGAUGUCGUGCGUGGCAUCUUUGGUGGUAAAGUUGGGACCAAGUCGAUCACCUGUGCUGCGCUUCAAGCUGAAGCCAACACUGACUUUGCAGAAGCUGUGAAGCUUUACAAUGAGGCUCUGAACACUGAGCAUUGGAGUGAUGGCGAGCCCACAGACUCUGAGAAGGACUUCUGGGAAAUAGCUGCUAUGGAGGCCUACAGUCAUCUGACUGAGUGGAAGUCCCUUCAGUACUGCUCCACUGUGAACAUAGAUGAAAACUCGCCACCCGACCUCGAGAGGAUGUGGUCGGAGCCGCUCUACCAGGAAAUGUACCUGCGGCACAUGAUUCGCAGCAUGUUGAAGCAGCUGCAGCUGGGUGAGACGGACCAAACUCUUCUAAGCUUCAUCGACAAAGCCAUGAGGGUGGAGGAACGCAAAAAGCUGCUGGAAAGUCAUUACAGCCAAGAGCUCAGCUUGCUCUACAUCCUGCAGGAGGACUAUGACCGUGCAAAAUACUACACCAACUACGCCAUGCAGCUCUUUAUGGAGAAUUACUCUAGUGUCGAUACGCUGUUGACUCAAAGUCGGCUUACCACCCUGCAGUCAGUGCAGGCCUUGACUGAAAUCCAGGACUUCUUGCUGUUCAUUAAAGGAGAGGUGUCUGUGAGCUCCAUCAAGCGGCUCAUCAGACUAUGGACUGAGCGAUAUCCUGAUGCUAAAGUGGAUCCAGUGAAUUUAUGGGAUGAUAUCAUUACAUCUCGAUGCUUCUUCUUGGACAAGAUCAGGGAAAAGCUGAGAGGCCACGCUCCCAGUGACAGUAUGGAGGUGGACGGUUCAGAUGACCCAGCAGGUGACAUUGACACAUUAGUAAAUGACUGCAAGUUCAACAUGAAGCUACACAUGGCUGAUAGCGCAUGGAAGCAGAAUAACUUUCCUGUGGCCACCAAGCUGCUGAAGGAACUUCACAAAGAAGCGAAAACAAACAGAGGCUGGUUGCUGCCGUGGGUCCACAGUUUUAGCCGCUACAACCAUAAACGCAGCCAGGCCCAGGGUCCUGUGGAUCAAAUCAGUGCCAUGCUGAAGACUAUCCCACUCCUGGAGGACCUUCAGGCUGACUGUCAGAGUGCCACAGCUAAAGUAUUCAGAUACCAAAAGAUACUCCAAGGUACCUCUUUCCACAUCCUGGCCACAGCUGUAAGCAGAAGCCCCUCGGUCCUGGGAACUAUUGAAGCUGAGAAAGCGGAGAGAGUUGCAAAGCUUUCUGGGGCUGCUUGGCCCAAUGAAAAUCCAAAGAAAGUGGAAGUGGGGCUGCAGUUACAAGCAUUCAAGUUGCUGUGUGAUGCUACCAGAAAGGCUGAUGAAGAGCUUCAGUCUUAUACUCAGGACUGUGUGGAAAGCAGCAGCAUCAUUGAGACAUACAUGGCUUUGGCUAACUUCUGUGACAAACGACUGCGAGAGGAGGAGCAGAGUGAUACUGAAAGCCAAUAUCCAGACCUGGUGGCACUGCCUGUUCAUGUGGUGGAGAGCAUGUUGAAAGCACUGAAGAUGAACUCAGAGGAAGCUCGCCUCAAGUUCCCACGUCUGCUGCAGAUCAUUGAGUCCUACCCCUCUGAGACACUGGACCUCAUGACAAAAGAGAUGAUGUCAGUUCCCUGCUGGAUGCUGAUUGGCUGGAUCAGUCAAAUGGUCGCCCUUUUGGACAAGCAGGAAGCUGUGGCAGUGCAACACUGCAUUGGGCAGAUAGCAGAGUGCUACCCUCAAGCACUGGUUUAUGCUCUAAUGAUCAGCAGUGAGAGUUACCAGUUUGAGCACUCUGCUACAGGACACCAGCAGCAGGAAUUUGUCAACAGGCUCAGGAGCAUGCUGGAUAAGGGAGGAGCUGUGAAGAACUUUGUGGAUGCACUGCAGCAGCUUACAAACCCUGAGAUGAUUUUUAAGGAUUGGUGGGAUUGUGUGAAAAAUGAAUUGGAAAAACCAGGAUUUGACAUGAAGCGAAUGGGCGACAUGUAUGACGAGAUGCGCUCUUCACUCGGAGAUCGUAACAGAGCCGGUCAUGGGAUGUUUCGCAAGAAAUUUAUCCAAAAAUUUGCUAAAGAUGUGGAGAAACUGCUGGGACCUAAAGGUAGCAAGCUGUUUGAGAACCGAAAACAGAAAAGUUUUGUGCGGCGGGUGGAGGAUCUGGCAGCAUCCAUGCGUGGAUUUCAGAAGGAACCAGGGAACCUGAAGGAAUACUCGCCCUGGCUGAGUGGUUUUAAAGCAGACGCAUUCAGGAAUGAGCUGGAGAUCCCAGGGCAAUAUGAUGGCAGAUCGAAACCUUUGCCAGAGUAUCAUGCAAAAAUAACAGGCUUUGAUGAAAGGGUAAAGGUGAUGUCCUCCAUUCGCCGCCCCAAACGUUUGAUCAUUCGUGGGGAUGAUGAGCGGGACCACCCCUUUCUGGUGAAAGGUGGGGAGGACCUCCGCCAGGACCAACGCAUUGAGCAGCUUUUUGCUGUCAUGAACAUUUUGCUGAGUCACUACGCUGCCUGCACAAACAGAGGCUUGCAGCUCCGCACCUAUCAAGUCAUUCCCAUAACCACUAGAAUUGGUCUAAUUGAAUGGAUGGAGAACACCUGUACUCUGAAAGAGUUCCUGUAUAGCACAAUGACUGUUGUGGAGCAGCAAAGGGCAGGGAGGUCUGUUGAAGACUACAAUAAAUGGCUCUCAGCCAUCGCUCCAAAUUCAAGUGGUAUAGCACUAUAUGGUCUGGCUUACAAGAAAGCGAAACGUGCUGAGACUGUCAGCAACUUUUUGAAAGUGAUGCAGCAUGUGCCCAGUGAUCUCCUAAAGAGAGCUUUUCUGAAGCUGUGCAACAGUCCUGAGGCCUUUCUUUCCUUGCGCUCCCACUUCAUCAGCUCUCACGCCUUACUGUGCGUUAGCCACUGGAUUCUAGGUAUUGGAGACCGCCAUCUCUCCAACUUCAUGAUCAACAUGGAAACAGGAGGCAUGAUUGGCAUCGACUUUGGUCAUGCAUUCGGUUCAGCCACACAGUUCCUCCCUGUGCCUGAGCUCAUGCCUUUCCGGCUGACCCGACAGUUUGUGAAUCUGAUGCAACCCUUGAAGGAGUCGGGUUUGGUCCAGAGCGUCAUGGUCCACUCCCUCCGAGCUUACAGUGCUGAGCCAGACCUUUUGCUAAACACCAUGGAUGUGUUCGUCAAGGAGCCCUCGCUGGACUGGAAGAACUUUGAGCUGAAACAACUGAAGAAAGGAGGCACAUGGACGGAGAACGUAAACACCAAAGAAAUCAACUGGUAUCCCUUACAGAAGGUGAACUUUGCCAGAAGAAAACUGGAAGGAGCAAAUCCAGCUGCUAUAACCAGUGAGGAGCUGAAGCUGGGCUUUGAGAAGGACGAUGCCUUCCCAGGGAUGCAGUCUGUGGCCUUGGGGACUGAGGAGUACAACAUUCGUGCUAAGCUUCCGCCUGCAGGCUUAUCGGUGGAGAAGCAGGUGGACUGUCUGCUUGACCAAGCCAUGGACCCAAAUGUGCUUGGCAGAGUUUGGGUGGGCUGGGAACCAUGGCUCUGAUUCUUUGAUUUGUGAAGUAUUUCUGAAGUCAUUCACAAUAAUUGGGAAACAAAUCUUAUCAUAGGUGAACAGCCAUGGGUCGUACAGAUGUUUAGUGGUCUUAAAAAGAUCCCUGUAAUGUCAAAUUUGUCUUUUGUAGCUGUGAAAAAUAAUUCUCAUGUAUUGCAUUAUGGCACUAUGUUUGUAUGGCAGGAUCAGCAUAUUAUCUCAUACUUAAGUUAAAAUCAAGAAAUUUAAGUCUGGAAAAAUGAUGGAAUUUGGAAAUGUUAUAUUGUAAGAUUCUUGUUUUAAAUCAGAGACAAUAAGGGUCUAUUUGAAGUAAACCAAUCAUUACCAUCAUUUACUACUGUCUUGUGAUUUGAAAUGAAAUAAAAAUGUCAAACAACA